CAACAGUAGCCAUAAUGCAGAACAUGGGACAACAUUUUGUCGAUACUUUUGUGGAUACACCAACUGACAUUUUUAUCAUGGGAUAUUAGCCUAUUAACCAGCUAUAAUGAGUGAGGUGGGUCCAAGAAGGCCCCCCCAGGACCAGUCCUCGGGGAGUGGGCACACAGUGACCACGUCACGUCACCCCUAUAUCACAGACCCCAUCGCCUCCAAGCACGUCUGCUUCUACAAGAGCGGGGACCCUCAGUUCAGUGGCCUGCGCAUGGCCAUCAACAGCCGCACCUUUAAGACCUUCGAUGCCCUCCUGGACAGCCUCUCCAAGAAGGUCCCGCUGCCGUUCGGAGUGAGGAACAUCACCACCCCGCGGGGUGUCCAUGCGGUGCACACACUAGAUGAACUGGAGGAUGGGAAGGCCUACAUCUGCUCAGACCAGCGGAAGGUCAAACCCAUCAACAUGGCAGCAGCCAGUAAGAAGCUUCCGCCCUGGUACCAUGUCAGGCCCAUGAGCGCCCGCCAUCGGGCCUUGCAACUGGCCAAACAGAACCCUGGCAGGCCCAUGCGCAAAAAAACUGUGACUGUGCGCACACCUAAGAGGCUAAUGGUGUUUCGGAAUGGGGACCCAAGUGUCAAGCACAAUAUGAUGCUACAGAAGAGGACCACUCCCACCUUUGAGGCGCUGCUGGAUUACGUGUCCGAGUUGAUGCACUUUCCUGUGGUCAAACUACACACACCGGAUGGAAGAAGGGUGGAUGGGCUCCCUGCUCUGAUUCUAUGCUCUGGUAUUGUAGUAGCUGCCGGUCGGGAGGCCUUUAAGUCUGGAAACUACAAGACACAGAGAUCUUCUGCUCCAACAUGGCUUCCUGCCAGACGAAUGGCAUCUAAAAGACUAAAACAACCGGCACCCCGGAAAAUGAAGUCCGUGUCCAGCAGCAAAUCACAUCUUUUCUCCUCAUCGUCAGAGAGAUACUUUGUGAAUCAGAUACACCACUCCGUUGCAGGAAGUCAGUGUGACCUCCCCAGUAACAACACGGGAUCUGUGGUGCUGGAGGCUGGCCAUUUUCUGGAGUCAGUUGCCGAAACGGACGCCGACACCUACAACGGACAUGAAGGGGCAGACAACUGUAUGCCCGGUGAUGAUGACAUUGAGAAGUCCUUUCGGGUGAACCAGGAUGGCAGCAUGACGGUGGAGAUGAAGGUACGACUGACCAUCAAGGAGGAGGAGACCAUCCACUGGACCACCACCCUGACCAGGUCCAGUGUGGCCAGCCAGCUCAGUGUGGCUGAGUCUGAGCUGGAGAUCAGAUCUCCUGAGUCAAAUGCACUACCACCAACACAACCCAACGCCAUGGGCACCAUCAAUGGGUACAAUGCUAAAAAGGAUGAUCAUGAUGAUGAGGAUGAUAUGUCUCCAGAGGCCAGUGGACUUACCAGUGUGGAAGGAGAUGAUGAGGAUAAUUCUAAAAUACAUGUCAGUGAGGUCUCUCUCAGGAGGGCUCCUACCCCAGGACCCAGGAGAUCCAGACAGAAGCAGGCCUCAUUGGAGAACAUCAACACACCAUCAGGAGAUGAGAUUCAGGAGAACAUUGUGGGAUCAUACUCCUACAGAGAGACAACUAAGAAUGGAGAGGUCAAAGAGGAGUACUGCAUGGUCAGACAAUGCAGCAGCAGGCCAGUCCCUAAACCAAGGAGAGUUGGCUCUAUGGAUAUCAACAAUUACAAUAAGACUCAAUCCACUUUUAAAUCAGGGGCGGCAGAGAUCUUACAGAUCCAAAAUGGCGAGGAGGAAGUCAGAGAAAGUGUAAUGCAGAUAUACGAGCAGCAGACCUGUCAGGACGAUUUCCUUGCUAACAGCCAGUACAGUGUCCAGGGUGUGUCCACGUAUGGUCUGAUGUAUGGGAGACCAGCCACCUCGGAAACAGCCCGCUUCUCCUCUAGUAAUGACUUAGAGAUGGAGCUGGAAAGACUCUCUACAGCCUCAGAGUCAAUCAGCGUGCGGAGGGCUGACCAGUCUCUGUCAUCUGACUUCACCAUACCCACUUUUAAGGCUGGAGGGUCUGUCCUAAGAAACAGGGUACUAAAUGUCCAUAAAACCAGUCUCUCCAAGCCCACCAAAGACAACGAGACCCCAAAGUUGGUCUCUGAAGCAAGCAAAGAAAAUUCCACCACUAAAGCUGUAAAGAAAGUCAAGAAAAGGUUCUCAAAGCCCAAGUUGAGAAAGUACCAGGUUCGUAAGAGUACAACACCAGACAAAAGACGUAAAGAGAGUAAUGCAAAUGGUCCUGAAAACAAUAAAAGAGUGAAAACUGGGGGGUUUAGCCGCAAUGCAUCGAUAAGGAAAAUUUAUGGACCAAAACCUGCCAGAAGUCUAAUGAAAAAUAAACUAAAAGGAAAGGAAAUCAAAUUAAAUAUUGAAAACCCAAAGGAAUCGUCAGUGAAAGAACUAAAUGUUAGUGAAAAUGGAAAUGAAACGUCAGUUUCAGUAAAGAAGAAAUCAUUGCACGUUUCAUUUCCUACGGAGGCCCAGGUGAAGGCAACACUGAAAAGGCAGAGGUCCGUGCACGAGGAGAGAAGGAUUGCGAAAGAGUGUCAUGAUUUGUCGCUGCCUGCACUCCUUUUGUCCUCUUCUAAUAUCAAUGAAUAUGUUGAGAACUGGCUAGAGAAAGCCCUCCCAACUGUGUACCCAGACCCAGUGGAGGAAACUCAACAUGUGGAGACACCAACUAUGUCUCAGGUAGAAACUGAGGGGGACAUUGUUCCAGAUGUGUCAGAAAUCAAUUGUGAAAUGGACAUUGAAGAAGAUGAGUCUUGUUUUUUGAAAGAAAAAACACACAUACCAAGUAGUCCAUCUUUGGUAACAGCAGCAUUUCCAAAUAGAACAUUUGAAAAUAUAGCAACACAGACAAACCUGACUAUGGAAAACACAACAUUACCAUGUCCUUCUGACCCAUCAUUGCAAAAUACCCCAUUACACAUUGAUACUAUACAGGAAAGGUUGCCCACUAAUCCCUCAGCUGAAAAUCCACCUCUCUCCAACAGUUUCUCUGUCUUUCUUCCUGCAAUAAUCUCGGUAGAAAAGCCAUCACCCUCUGACAGUCCUUCGUUGGAACAAACAUCAAUGCCCAUCAAGAUCUCAGUAGAGAAGCUACCAAUCCCAAAUGAUCUGUCAUUGGAAAAUACAUCAGUACCAAAUAGCUCCUUAAAAGAGAAGAUCCCAGUCUCAAACUGUCUCUCGCCUGAGAAGACACCACUGCCUGCUAAAACACAAACAGAGAAGACACCAUUGUCCAACAAAGUAUCAGAUGGGUCUUCAGUAGCUAGCAGUCCCUCAUAUUUAAUGUGUUCAUCACCUAGUAGUUUAGGUGAUGAAGAACAACCCUUAUCAAGCAGUCCUUCAUCAGACGAGGCUCCGUCAACGACUGGCCAUGUAUUUGAAAAGACAUUGUUCAACCACUCCACUCUGAAAGAACCACCAUCGCCUAAACUCGCAACAAAAAAGACACGAUUGCUCAGUAAUCUCUCCCUGGAAAAGCAACUAUCAUUCAGGAAAGCCUCAGCUGAAAAGUCUUCAAUAUCCAGUGAUCCUACUGUGGAAAAGGAAAGCUUCACUAACUGGAACCUACCUGAAUUGAAUGCAAACAGUGUAAGCUGUGCUGAGGCUUUGAAAAUGAUAGAGUCUCUGAGAGAAAUUGCCAACAUAGAGGAUGCAGAGGAGUUGAAAGCUAGCCUGUCAGAUUUGCAAAAGUCUACUUCCUCACAACUGCUGCAAAGUUGGAAGGGCUUCCAGGAACUCAAUGACAAAGUCAGAAGUCGCAGCUCAGCGCUGAACAGUUCAGAGCAUGAUCUCUUGUUUGAGACACGCCCAGUGGAGGACUACAACAUUAAAGAAAAAGCACUGGAUAUCGAUGAGCUAAUAAAUGAGCUUGAUGUGCCAGAAAAGGUCAAGGAAGCAUUGGCAGCCCUUUCAACAGGGGUGAGCAUGAGCAUGGAUGGGAAUGAAAUAAAAAAUUCUAAAAAAGCUCAUGAAAAAGUGGAGUCAUCCCCAGAGGGAAGGGUAAAUGCCAAUUCAACCGCAGUCCCUAAGGAAGAGGCUGAAAAAGAUCAUGUGCUUAAUAAAGAGGCUACUGUUGAUGUUAAAUCCAUCAUUAAAACAUUUACAAAUAUUCACCAUCCCAAAGAGGUGGCUGAAAAUACAGUGUCACCAAUCCCAGAGAGCCCAAGCAGUAGGCAAGAGCAGUACUUCUCCUCAAAAGAACACAGCUUUAAAGAGGAUUAUAUUUGCCACAGAAACAGACAGCCAGCAAAUAAGGAAGGUGCUGAACUUGAGCAGGACAACUGGGAAGAAGAGGAGGCUAAAUGUACAUACAAACAUGUUAACCAUGAUGAAGAACAGACAUCCUCAGAGAUAGAGCAAGCUUACAGUUUAGUAUUGCAUGAUGGCUAUUUGGACAAGCCAGCCUGUUCUGUGGAGGCUAGAGAGAAGGAUGGGGACAUACAAGCAGGCUAUGUGGAGGAGGAAGAAAGCUUGAAGAAAGAGCAAGAAUACUACAUUGAGAACCCACCAAGUCAUGUGGGGCAGGAGGUUACAUCUAUGGAGCUGCAGGUCAGCUGUAAGGAAAGCGUAGAAAAAGACCAGGCUAGCUCAGAGGAAGAACAGAAAUGUCAUGUUGAGGACCAAAUUAGCCAUGUGGAGUCAGAAAGUAAAUGUGUGGAGGAGGAAUGGUUGAAGGAAGAGCAACAAUGUCACAUAGAUGAUCAGCCAAGCUAUUGUGGGAUGCAGGUUAGCCGUGAGGAAAGAGAGUCCACCCCUGAGGAGCAGGCUAGCUCAGAGGAAGAAUGUGAGUGUCACAUAGGCCAAAACCAUGAGGACCCAGAGGUCAAAUGCUUGGACCUGCAGGAUAGCAGUGAGAACGGAAAGUCCACCCCUAAAGAAGACCAGGCUAGCUCAGAUGAAGAGGAACGUCAUGUUGCGAGCAAACCAACCCAUGAAGAGCCUGAGGUUAAAUGUACAGAUGUAAAGGUUAGCAGUGAGGAAAACAUGUCUAGUUUUGAAGAAGAUCAGGCUAGCUUAGAGGAAGAGCUCGAAUGUCACACUGAGAACCAACCAAGUCACGAGGAGAAAGGGGUUAAAUGUACAGAUGUAAAGGUUAGCAGUGAGGAAAACAUGUCUCGUCUUGAAGAAGAUCAGGCUAGCUUAGAGGAAGAGCUCGAAUGUCACAUUGAGAACCAACCAAGUCACGAGGAGAAAGGGGUUAAAUGUACAGAUGUAAAGGUUAGCAGUGAGGAAAACAUGUCUAGUCUUGAAGAAGAUCAGGCUAGCUUAGAGGAAGAGCUCGAAUGUCACAUUGAGAACCAACCAAGUCACGAAGAGAAAGGGGUUAAAUGUAUAGAGAUGCAGGUUAGUAGAGAGGAAAGAGAGUAUACCCCUGAAGACGACCGGGCUAGCUUAGACGAGGAAGAGGAAAACCGUGCAGACAACCUUCCCAAUGCAAAUGCACACAUUAACGUGAAGGAUGAGCAGACUCACUUAUGGAUGAAGCAGACUACUGAAAAUGAAAUAGUGUCUACUGUCAUAGAAAUUAAGCCUAGCUUGGUCAAACAGCAUUCUAGCGAUGACAGGAUGGAUAAGGACAGCGGAAAGGAUAGUGAGCAGCAUGUUAGCUUUGAACAACAGUCUGAUACUGUAGAAGAAGCCAACGUUGAGGAUAAUCGGCGUGGCACAGAGAAGAAGCAAGUACACUGUGAAGAGAAGCUGCCUAGCUCUGAGGCAGAACAUGUUGGCGUAAAGGAUGAGCCAUAUACAGAGGAUGAGAGUUAUGCAGAGUAUGAGGAAAGCUUCGUAGAGAAACAGCCGUUUGAGGAGGAUACGAAUUACGAAACGACUGAGGCAAAAACAACCAACCGUUUUGAGGAACCAUUACCAUCUGUAGCAGAGCGAGUAAAACUACUGGAUAAGAAGAUUGCUGAUGUCGGGCCUGGAGACUGUGUCCCGAUAGAAGAAAACAGGUGGCUCCUCAGAGAGUGCGUGAUCAGAAAGUCUGUCUCAGAGCCUAUUAAUAUUUACAAGAACACAUCUGCGUUAACGGAAGAUGAGUGCAAAGAUGCAAAAGAAGAUGUUCCAUACUCCCUUUUCGGCCACACCGAUCGGGAGGACAUGGUGAAGACUGUGAAACCUUUUGUGGCAAAGUGCACCUAUUUCAACCUGCCUCAUGGCUGUGACUCAGACCCGUACCAGGAUGACCUAAGUUCUGUCAGCAAGGGCAGUGCCAUGGGUGACGUCUCGAAGGACAGUAAAGACAAUGCAGAGGAACCCAAGUUGUGGGCUGAGAAGAAUGGAACCCUGCCAGAUUUUUCCCCUACUGACUUCAAGAUGCCAGAUAAUAAAGUGCACCCUCUGAUAGAAGGCCCGGGAGGUGGAAAGGUCGUGGUGGUCCAGCCUGGCAAAGGUCAGUCUGGCAAAGGUCAGACAGAUGUCAAGAAAAUUCCACAGGAGCCAGAUGCACUAGAGAUGCUCUACUUCUCCUGUGGCCAGCACUGCCCCAUCCUUUGA